AAUCGACAGAAGAAGAGAGGGGGGGAAGUACGAGCGCGUACGUGCGCAACUCGGUGAUGGUGCCGCCUGCGAUGGAAGCGACGCAGCCGAGGAAAGGGCCGUGGACGGAGCAGGAGGACCUCCAACUGGUAUGGUUUGUGCGCUUGUUCGGUGAACGUCGUUGGGACAUCUUAGCCAAGGUGUCAGGCCUUAACAGGACAGGCAAGAGUUGCAGGUUGCGCUGGGUUAAUUACCUUCACCCCGGCCUCAAACGCGGCCGCCUGACGCCCCAGGAAGAACGCCUUGUGCUCGACCUUCAUGCAAAGUGGGGCAAUAGGUGGUCUCGCAUUGCUCGGAGGCUCCCAGGGCGCACGGACAACGAGAUCAAGAACUACUGGAGGACGCACAUGAGAAGGAAGGCACAAGAACGGAACAGGAGCGCAUGCCCCUCGCCCUCUUCGUCGUCCGUUGAUGGACCGCAACUUGGGAUCGAAAAGCCUGGCGGUGGGAGCGUUGCAGGGGGCAACUCCUUGAUCUCAGGGCUUGGGGUGAACGAUGAAGUCGCGAAAGGAUACACCAUGGAUCAGAUCUGGAAUGAGAUAGCUGCAUCGGCAUCGGCCAGUGGGUUGAGCUUCGAAGAAGAGCAAGACUGCCCUCCAAUGCCUUGUUCCAUGUGGGGAGUAGAUGACGAAGACACAAGGAUGCUGAAUCCCAUGCCUCUUCUUGCUUUCCCUUGUCAUGAAUUCUGAUAUGCUACAUCUACAUCUAUGUAAAUUUGAUAUGCUACCCUGCAUCCAUCAUCCGUGUUUCAUGUGACAAAGAUCAGUCAUCUAUUGUAGAAAGUCAAAGUCCCCUCCUCUGUUGUCUACAUAUAUCAAAGCUCGUUCUACUUCUUCUUCA